AAAAUGGAACACUUGAAGAUUUCACUCGUUGAUUUAAAAUCAGCAACCCAUAAUUUUUCGGACACAUACGAAUUUGGAUCUUGGGGUUUCUAUACUUGGUACACAACUGAACUCGGCCAUUUUGAUAUAGAAAAACCAUCCUCCAUAGAAGAGAAAAGUAAACGUGAACUACCUAAAAGACACGGUGCUGUAGAAAUAAAACGCUUCCCUCCUGAGCAAUAUGAAGAAGAAAUAUUUUUUACAGAUCUUGAAAUGCUUACUAGCGUUAAACAUAACAACAUAGUCACUCUAGUAGGUUUUUGUGUUGAAGGAUUUGAGAUGAUGCUUGUCGUCGAGAAAUUAUCUAGUGGAUUCCUUUGGAAUUAUUUGGGAAACGUAAAAAAGAUGUGUACGCUGACUUGGGAAAGACGCUUAAAAAUUUGCAUUGGUGUUGCACACGCACUAAAGUACCUUCACUCUGAGAUGGAAGACAAAAAAAUGAUAAUACAUUGUGAUAUAGCUAGCAGAUUUAGGUUGGAUGAGAAAUGGGGGGCAAAGAUUGUUGACUUUGAGUGGGCGGUCUUCCAACCUUCAAAUCAAAAAGACAAAACUCUGCGUGAAAGAACAUAUUGUAAUUGCCAUGUGGAUCCAGAAUAUGUGAAGACCUGUAAGCCAACAAGAGAGUCAGAUGUGUAUAGCUUUGGAGUAGUGUUGUUUGAAAUUCUAUGUGGAAGGCAUGCUUACGACCAAAUUUAUUGUAAGGAGAGUGAGAAAGGGUUGGUUCAUGUGGCAAGACAGAAGUUUAGCACGGGAACAAUAGAGGACAUAAUAGAUCCUACAUUAAAGGAAGAAACCGGUAAAAAGAGUUAUAUUUCAAAUACAGGAGCCAACAAAGAUUCUUUGCAUACCUAUAUUAAAAUUGCAUACCAAUGUGUGGCGGAAACUCAAGACCAGCGUCCAACAAUGAAAUAUGUCCUAAAGGAACUUGAGAAAGCAUUAUUCUUUCAAGAGGAGCCAAUACAACAUCUAAAUAAGGACCAAGUUGUCAACGACGUUGAGAUUGCGACUCAUGAAAUUCCUGAGGAGAGUGUACAACGCCCAGAUACUGAGAAACCAUUGGAACUUCAGUCGACACAUGAAAUUAAUGGGAAGAACUUGGAACACUUGAAGAUUCCUUUCAUUUAUAUUCAGUCAGCAACUGAUAGUUUUUCAGACACAUAUAUGAUUGCAAAUAGGGAUGGUUGUACUUUUUACAAAGCACAACUCGACUAUUAUGAUAAAGAAAAUCAUUCAUCCGAGAAACACAACUUUGUAAUUAUAAAACGCUAUCCUUAUGGUGGACAUCGCCUAUAUGGAAAAAAAGAGUUUCUUAUAGAGAUUGAGAUUCUUAGCAGUGUUAAGCAUCCCAACAUAGGUACUCUACUUGGAUUUUGUCUUGAAGCUUCUGAGAUGAUCCUUAUCAUUGGCAAUUUUUAUAAUGGACUCCUUGGUCUAUAUUUUGAAAAUCCAAAGUACUUGCGUGUUUUAACAUGGGAAAAACGUUUAAAAAUUUGCAUUGAUGUUGCACAAGGGUUAAAGUACAUCCACUCUGAGAUGGAAAACAAAAAUAUGAUUAUAAACCGUGAUAUAAAUUGCUACAACAUUGGGUUGGAUGACAACAUGGGGGCAAAGAUUUUUAACUUUUGGUGGUCUAUAUUCCUGCCUCCAAAUCAAGAAGACAAAGCUCUCUAUAUCAAUUGGGUUGGCAGACACUCCUAUGUAGACCCACAAUAUAAAAAGACUGGAAAGUUAAAAAGAGAAUCAGAUGUUUAUAGCUUUGGAGUAGUUCUGCUUGAACUUCUAUGUGGGAGGUUAGCCUUCGACCCAAUAUACCUGAAGGAAAGUGACGAAGGGUUGGCGUUUGUGGCAAGACGAAGCUUCUACACAGGAACACUUGAGGACAUGAUAGAUCCUAUAAUAAAGGAAGAAACCAAUGAAAACAACUUUGUUUUAGAUAUAGGACCCACUAAAGAAUCUUUGCACACAUUUAUUAAAAUUGCACAUGAGUGUGUGGCAGAAACUCAAGACCAACGUCCAACAAUGGAAAUCGUUGUUAAGGAACUCGAGAAAGCAUUGUUCUUUCAGAAAAUCAACAAGGAUAACCAAAGAAUUUCACUUGAAGAUAUCAUUCAAGCAACACAAAACUUCCAUAAGGACAAUUUAAUUGGCGGAGGAGGAUUUGGAAAAGUAUUUAAAGGAUACCUUCAAGAUGGUGAUAGAUUUAAGACCAUUGUUGCAAAGCGACUGGAUACAAAGUUUGGUCAAGGGGAAAAAGAAUUCUUAACUGAGCUCCAAAUUUUGUUUGAAUAUAAGCAUGAGAAUGUCAUCGGUCUUAUAGGCUAUUGUGAUGAAAAGGAUGAAAAAAUCAUUGUUUAUGAGUAUGCACCCAAAAAAAGUCUUGAUAGGUACUUGAAUGAUGUUUCUCUUACAUGGAUCCAACGACUUAAUAUAUGCAUUGAUGUUGCAAGAGCAUUGCAUUUCUUUCAUGGAGGAGUUGGAAAACAAGCAAAGGUGAUACAUAGAGACAUCAAAACUGCAAACAUUCUACUAAACGAUGACUGGAAAGCAAAAAUUGCUGAUUUUGGGCUUUCCUUAAUAAGUCCAAUAAAUCAGGAAACAGACUUUAUCUUUGAUCAUGCGUGUGGCACAAGAGGAUACUUGGACCCACUUUACAAAGAAUCAGGAUUCCUAACUAUAGAAUCAGAUAUUUAUUCAUUUGGUGUUGUUUUAUUUGAGAUAUUGUGUGGGAGAUCAACGUUAAUAUUCCACAAGCAUGAAGGUCACUACCUACCUGAUUUCAUUAAAAACAUAUUUGAAAAAGGGAAGCAAGAUGAGUUGGUGUUUGAACAAAUAAGGGAUCACAUCGAGCCAAAGUCCCUAACUACAUUCCAAAAGAUUGCUUACCAGUGCUUACAACACGAAAGAGAAGAACGACCGUCAACAAAAGAAGUUUUAAAGCAACUUAAGAAAGCAUUGGCAUUUCAAAACCUGCCAUCAACAAUCACAAAGGUUGCUCCCUUACAAAUCCCACUUGAAGACGUACUUAAGGCCACCAACAACUUUGAUCAUGAUAACUUCAUCAGACACAGUGGAUUUGGUAGCGUAUAUAAAGGACGUCUCUUGCGGUCCGGAACGUUGAUGGAGAUUGCUGCACGGAGGUUUGAUUGUAAGCAUGGGGAAGGAGAGCUCGAGUUUUUUACAGAAAUUUCAGUGCUUUCUGAUCUCAAGCAUACAAAUCUAGUCUCUAUUAUUGGGUUUUGUUAUGAGAAAGAUGAGAAGAUCAUCGUAACCACGUAUGAGUCCAAUGGAAGUCUCAAGCAGUAUCUAAACAGCCCGAACCUCACUUGGAGGCUAAGAUUGAAGAUAUGUAUAGGUGUGGCUCGUGCGCUAAGUUACCUUCAUUAUGACGAGGGACGUGAUUAUGCUAUCAUACAUUGUAACAUCAAUAGCGACACAAUCUUAUUAGACGAUAACUGGGAAGCCAAGUUAUCCGGUUUCGAAAAUUCCAUCAAACAAUCUUUCAAGGACGAGGUCCAUCCUUGUGAACCUACAGAUGCAAUGGGGUGUAUGGACCCUGCAAUUGAAAAGAUAGGAGGUGUGACCUACAAGUCGGACAUCUACUCAUUCGGAGCCGUUUUAUUCCAAAUGUUGUGCGGGGGGAAUGCGUGUAUUACUAUUGAUAAUGAGGCUAAUAGGUUUCUAACUCUGUCGGCCAAAUAUCAUUAUGAAAACAAAAUGCUGUAUGAUAUAAUCCUUCCUGAUUUAUGGAAUCAAAUGUCUGGAGAAUCCUUCCCUGAAUAUUCACAAGUAGCAUAUUCUUGCCUUCAAGAGGAGCCAACACACCGCCCAGAUAUGGACUAUAUUGUAGCCAAACUUGACCAAGUGUUGGAACUUCGCGUGCGACAAGAGAACCAGAUUUUUUUAAUUUUAUUUUUUUACUGUUCCUUACUUAUGCUCCUUGACAAAUUUAUUAAUCGUUAACAAGUUUCCAUUAUUUUUUUCCUUAAAAUCUUGUAAGAUCCCUUUUGGUUUUUGUUAUUGUUUCUAUUAUUGGCUUUCAUUUGUUA